AUGGCGGCAGCGCCAGGGCAGGAGACCCCGGCCCAGAGGCGGCCUUCAGCGCCGGACGCACCCAGCGCCGGGGCCCCCCGCCAAGCUCCCUUCCCGGAACCAAAACCGUCUGCGGGGGGCAUUUGUCCCUGGGGGGCGCCCCUGCAGGGCCGAGGCCCGCUGAGCGGGCACCUGCCUGUCGCCGAGGCGAGGCUGUGGGGGCCGAGACGCGCCCGCGUGUUGCGCGGCGGGAAGGGGUGUCGGGAGAAGGCGCCGCGGUCUCGAGGCAGGGGGGUCCCGAGUCGCCGCGGCGUGCUCGAGUCCCGCGCCGCUCGGCCGCCGAUUCGCCACGACCGCCGAAGCCCAGUUCCGCGCUCGGUCAGCGACUCGGCGCGCCGCCGCGAGGCACGAGCUCCCCCGGCCAGGGCGGAGCUGCCGCCGGAAUUUUCUGAGCCUGUGGCGCCGGUCCCCGCGGGCCGGUCUCCGCGAAUCUGCGGCGGGCCCGGAGCCAGGAGAGGGGCGGGGCGCGCGGCCGCAUCUGCGUCUGCGCGAGGCGGGGCGGGGCCGUUGUGGGCGGGGCCUCCGCGCGUCUGGAGCUGCGCCUGCGCGCCCUCCUCCCGCGCCCUCCCCGGGUCGCCCCUCCAGUCCUCCCGCCGCCCCCCAGCCCCGCUCUCCCCGAAUGCCACCGCCGGAGCCCCGUCCUCCUUCCUUAUUGCUGCGCGCCUGUAUCUGCAUGGGGUUUCAUCUCAGGGAGCAGGCCCUGCGCAGCAAAGAAAACCAUUUUCUGCGAGGCUCCGCAGACUGGAAGAGCAGUUUUGCAGGUUCCAAGAGGUGACCCUCACAGACCUUCAAGGCGUCGUUAGCAACUACAACCUGUCCCACAGCAUCAACACCCGGUUCCUGGGCCUGGCCUCAGAGACCCAGGCCAUGGCUCUGGCAGUCAACCAGUCGCUGGCCACUGUGCAGGACCACCUGGGCCACCUCAAGACCUGGAUGUGCAAGACCCAGCACAGAAGCCAGAAGGUGGACUCCAGGCUGCUGGCCUUGGGCACUGCCCUGAGCGAGAGGCGGGCACAGUGUUCCCGGGACAGGAAGGAGCAGGCGGCACAGAGGGACACCCUCUCCCAGCUGGCCCUGGGCGUGUGGGCUCUGCAGGACAAGAUGGCUCACCUGACGCACCUUGUCCAGAGCGAGGGUGUCAGGCUGGCUGCUCUCAAGGGGUGGCCGCAGGUGCCCAGCCCUGACCCCACAGUCCCAAGGCCACCCCUUGCCCAGCGCCCAGCCCUGCCUGGGCCGCCAGGCCCAAGCUCCCUGAAGCCACGGGGCAGGCAGGCGCCCAGAGCUUCUCCUGAGCCCAGGCACCCACCUCAGGACUUUGCUGAGCAUCUCCAGGGGAUGCAGGAGCCCCCAGGCCCAGGCAGCCUGUGGGCACAGCCCCCGAAGGACCAGGAAAGAGUAAGUGCCACAAGCCUGCCCCCGACCCAUCUCUGCUCUUCCCCCUCCCCCUCCUUAGGCCUCCACUCCCCUCUGAAAAGCCUCCCCAGGGCUGUAUGGGGAGGACACUGGCUACAUGCCCCAGCAGAAAGUGACCAUCCUGGGGAUGACCUGUCCGUAAGCCCCCCAUACGUCGAGCCACACAGUGGCCUGGGCAUUGUGAACAUACACACACAUGUGGACGCUGCCCAUGGUAAAUGCCCACUUGGAACUGGCGGCCUCGCAGCCUGGAGGGACUGGCUGCAGCAGCCACAGGAGGCCCACAGAGGCCCCGUCCGUGGGAGUGGUGGCCCAGGCCCACCCAAACGAGGUGCCUGCCUUCCCCGAUACUCGUCUCCCCACUGUGAGACUAUGUUUCUGGAUGCUUCUGGGCGGCUCCUGCUGCGGGAGUUGACUCUCCCGUUUCUAGCUUGCAGUGUGGGCCCUGUGCUUGUCUUCCCGAAUGCCUCCACCAAGAACGUGGUCUUCCUCAGCCCUGGCUUCCUCUGGAGCCUGCAGGCCCUGUCUGUGUGCAGCUGGAUCCGCACGGCCUCAGGCCACCUGGGCACCCUGCUCUCCUCUGCCGUGCAGGAGAAUGACAGUAAGCUGGCGCUGCUCAGCCACGACUCCCUGGUCCCCGGCUCUGGCCUUGUGAUCGGAGACCCAGCCUUCAGGGAGCUGCCUCUGCAGCCACUGCUGGAUGGCCAAUGGCACCACGUGUGUGUCAUCUGGACGUUCAUCCUGGGCAGGUGUUGGCUCCACAUAGACUGCAGGCUAGUGGCCACUGGCUCCCAUUUCAGAGGGGGCUACAAGAUCCCUCCAGGAGGGUCCCUCGUGCUGGGCCAGGAGCAGGACAGUGAGGGGUGGUUUGACAGCUCUGAGGCCUUCGUGGGGAGUGUGGCAGGCCUGGCCACAUGGGGCUGGGCACUGGUCCCCAGGGAGGUCUCAGACCUUGCCACCGGGAAAGAGCUCCCGAUGGGCCCCAUCCUGACCCUAGCCAACACCUCGUGGGUUGGCAGAUUCGUGCAGAGGGUGAACUGCACCCAUCUAGUGCCCUAGCUGCAGUCAUGCUUGGGCGGUGAGAGGAGAGUCUCCAGCAGCCGCUGGCCACCCUGACCCCAGCACCCUCCAUAGAGGGCCCCCCAAAACCCACACUGGGAAAUGAAGGGUAGACCGCUGCACCUACCUGGGCUGGGCACAUGUGCCCUCUACGGGGGGUGCAAGGAAGCAUGGAGGGGAGACAGGGCCGACUGCCCUAAGGACCCCAUGCAUUCCUGCAGACCCCGGCUCUUUGUGGCGUGACAUGGUUUCAACAGGGCCCCAUCUCGCCAAUGGGAGCACCGGCCUCCACAGGCUCCCCUCCAGCUGUGGGUUUGCGGUGACACUGGUCUGGUUCCCAGAGACCCCAUUCCCCACGGAACUGCAGAGGCAGCCCGGGCUCUGUCCCUGCCUCUCUCACGGUGGCUUUCUGGGUUCCCUCGGGUGAGCACUGUUCCAACUGCCCCCGAACAGCACUGGAGUCCAUUUUCCUGGCCCCAAAGCCACUGCCCCUUCUCAGGAGCCCCAGGGUCUCCCUCAGCUCCUGUGGUGGUUGAUGAGGCUGCCAGAGCCGCCGGGAAGGGGACCACUGAGGGACAAAGCCAUUCAGAAGGAAACACUGAUAAUGCAGGGGCCACGCUUUUAAAGCAACCCUACCAGGGUAUAACUUACAUAGGUGUACAGUUCAAAAUUUUCAGUAAAUUUACUGAAUUGUGCACCCAUCCCCAUAAUCCAGUUUCAUAACGUUUCUGUUGCUCUCCUCCAAAAAAAAGAAACCCCAAAUCAUGCCUGUUAGUGGUCCCUCUGCCCCAGCCCUCCCCGGCUGGAAACCAUCCAUCCACCUCCUGCCCCUGUGGGUGUGCCGCUCUGGACGGUCCACGCAAAUGGAAUCACACACCAUGUGUCCUGUGUCUGGCUUCUCCCACGUAGCACCAUGUUUCUCAGGCUCAACCCACUUAGUUCGUUUGCGUGGCUGAGCAAGAUUCCGUGUGUGCACCACCCCCCCACCCCCUCCUGCUGACCCGCUCAUUGUUUGAUCAGUAUUUGGGCGGUUUCCAAUUUUUGGCUGUUGUGAAUAAAGCCAGUAGGAGCAUUCUCAUGUGAGUCUUCAUGGAGACCCAAGUUCUUCUUUCUCAAGUGGAUACCUAGGAGUAAAACUGCUAGUUG